AUGGGACCGAUAAAUAAGUUGUAAGCAUUUGUCUGUGCUCAAACAUUCUGGCCAUAAUUUAUGGUUAGAUGGUUUUAAUCAGAAAAAGGACCAUUCACCAUAUUUUUCUAUUGUCCUUUAGCUAAAUGUGGGAUAUCGGUGGCAAACAUUUAUGACAUCAUAAAAAAACCUGUCGAUACUAUAAAUCCAGUCCAAUAGUCAGUUAUUGCUAUGUCCGGAACUUUAUUUGCAAGGUUAUUUGAAAUUUCUAAAAAUAGAUGGUGUUGGAUACUUAAACCUCGAUAAUACAUGUUGGUAGUAGCCAAUGCAAUUAUGGGUUCGACAGGGGUGAUUUAGUUGUACAGAAAAUUGUAAACAUAUUGAAAGAUUAAAUUUAGUUAAGCAUGA